UCAAGCAUCCGGGUAGUCGCCUGAAGAGAGAGAAGUUCAAUGAACAACGAGAUAUCUACAUAGAAAAUAACCGAAAAUAACAGAAGCUUUGCGUUGCUAUUGGAGCGUUGCGCUACUCCCCUUUCAAGCCCGCUGAGUCCGAUUGGAGGGCUGGGAGUUGGGAUCCCACCCCCGCAGCUCUUCGCAACGCCUCCCUGCAGCUGGCCCAGCUCACUAUCAAUCAGCUCGUCGCCGCGGGAAACGUUGCCAACGUCGUUACCGCGGCAACCGCCACUUCUGCCGCCAACCCCCCACUACCCUCCACUCACCCCCAUCCACCUCCACUCGCCCCCCUCCUCAACCUCCUCAAAGCGGCAGCCACCAUCAAUAACAUGUCCCAUCCCCUAUAUAACCCCUUAGGGGGUCAGUACGCUUCACAGGCCCAGAGAACUGUUGCCCAGAUGGGGCAGUAUGGACUCACACAAUCCCAGGCCGGGAGGGACCCUCUGGGGGCCUCCCGCCUGGGCCCUGGGUCUGGUGGUGGUGGUUCCUCCGGCCAAGGGGGCAUGAUGUCCUCGAUGGUGUCCCAGCAGAUGGGUUACGACCUGGGGCAGAGAUCGACCGGGAUGACCCCGGAGAUGGAGUCCUCCAUAGACCACCACAUCCGUGGGGCCAGAGAAGAUGUGAGGCUGCUCAGCCAGAUGAUGCAGCAGAAACAGAACCAGCAGGUCCCACUGGACGCCCGAGACCUUUGCCUGAGUCGAGACCCCAUGGACGAGCUCUCGUCUGGGGUCGGGAUGGGUAGCUACACCCCUGGCCGGACCUCCAGCGACCAGCAGAGCUCCAUGGACUCCUGGUCUGGAUACCUGACCCAGUCCGCUUCCUCCAAGCUAUUCUCCUCCCCCCUUCCUCAGUCCUCCCAGAUGUACCAAAGCCAAACCUCUGGGUUUGGCGGUGCGGGAGUACUGGGGUCCACCUCAAGGGGUUCCGAGGCUCCCAUGAGCACCUCGUCCGCAGCCGCGCGUCCAGCCCGGUACACAUCCGAGUCCGCCAGCAGCAUCCUGGCGAGCUUUGGGUUGUCCAACGAGGAUCUGGAGCUGCUCAGCCACUACCCAGACGAUCAGCUGACCCCAGACAACUUGCCCUUCAUCCUGAGGGACAUCCGCAUCCGUAAGGCCAAUAGAACCAUGGAUGUGGACCAUCGGCCCAAGGCAGGCGGUGGAGCCGGCCCAGGGUCUGACCACGGAGGUGGAGGACAGAGCAAAGUGAUCGAUUAUGGACAUUCUAGUGCUACUAAAUACGGCAGUUAUGAUGAUGAUAAUGAUAGCCGAUCCGAUAACUACGGCAAUCCGCUCCCGAAGGAGAUGUCAAAAUAUGACAUGGUCAGAGACUCGCUGAGCGGGCACGGCGGCCGUUCCAUGGCCUCCGACCUUACCAAGCAGCGUACCCAACAGCAGCACAUCCACAGCCCUGCAGUCCAGAGCCCCAUCUCUCUCCCCAAGAAAGACACAGACGCUCGGAUCAACCUUCCUCCGCCUUCCAGCCAACCCCAAAAGACCCUCAAAACCCACGGCUCUAAAGCAGCAUCCAAGCCCAUGAACAUCCCUGUCCGCAGCGGAGACCAAGGACUCAACCGACUCCUGGCAUCCCAAAAUCAAGGCACUGCUCGGGGCCAGGCUCAGGCCCGGUCCGGCCUGGUGGUUCUCAGUGGUGCUGGAGCUGGGGUCGGAAUUCCAGGACACGGGGUUGGAGGUGUCGGGGUUCCUCCUCCCACGGCACCCCCCAUGUGGCCUCCCUUAUUCCCCAUCAUGAACCCAUCAGUCCCACCUCCCGGUCACGUUCCAGUGAAUGUCCCGCCGCACCUGAUGGGUCCGCCGCCUUCCAUGCUUCAGCAGAUGAACGUGCCGCCCCCGAUGAUCACGAUGCCGAAGAGGUUGCCGACCCCGACCAUGAUGAGUGAUUACUCCGCAGCUUCUCCCAGAAUCUUUCCUCAUACCUGUUCUCUCUGUAACAUAGAAUGUGCCCAGCUAAAGAACUGGAUCGAGCAUCAAAACACAGGCCUCCACGUCGAGAACUGCCGUCUGCUCAGGAAGUCGUACCCCGACUGGAACGUGGAAACUGUCUCUGUGUCAAGCCCUGCUCCCGGUAGAAAUGAAAGCAGCCAGUUGUCCUCCAAACGCCGUCGGACAACACGCUCCACCUCCCGUUCUCCGUCCUGGUCUCGCUCUCCUUCUCCUCGCCGUCCUUCCUCUAUUCGCCGACCUCGAUCCAGGGAACUAUCCCGCUCCCGGGAACGUCGACACAACACCGCCACACGGCGUUCCCACUCCCGUUCUCCUGGUUCGCUUCGGGAAAGGGAGAGAGAGCGUGACCCUCUGGCCUCUUCGUCUUCCCACCGGGAUCGGGAACGUCGGCCCCAGACAACCACUUCAUCCCGGAGGUCGCGCUCCAGGAGCUAUGAGAGACGGAGGGAGCGUCGGGAGACCAGGAGGAACAGCCCUUCAGCAGGAGGAGGAGGAGGAGGAGGAGGGAGGAGCAGACAGCAGAAGGCCAACAGUGCUGAGAGACUGGCCAAGAAACUACUGGAGUCAUCUGCUGGACUCUCCCUGACUGAGAACACCAGUCUAGAAGAUAUGAUGCAGUCCCUAGCCCCCGCGCUCCUGGCAGAGCUCGCCAAGAAGAAGGGUGCCGCCGCCUCCUCUUCCUCCUCAAAGGGAGGUGCCUCUAGGAAAACUGAAACGGGAAUGUCCAAGUCGGGAAGCAAGCUAGGAUCUGGAAGGUCAACCAGGAAAUCCCCAGCUCCAUCCUCUCCCUCCAAAUCAUCCAGCUCUGCUUCUUCCAAGACUAAGAGGAAGGGAGCCCCAGGGACGUCAGCUCUGUUAAGACUAAUUAAUAUCCCCCUCCACACUGCUCAUGAUGAGGUGGUGAAGGCUGUAGAACCCUUCGGAAAGAUCAACAACGUCAUCCUGCUCAAGGCCAUACAGCAGGCGUCAGUAUUGUUUGAGAAAGAAGAGGAUGCUAAGAAGCUGGCUAGCUGUAAGACCCUGACCAUCCAUGGCGAGACCGUCACCAUACUGAUGGAGAAAGAAACUCUGCUGGACGACUCAAAGGAACUGAACCAAGCCAAGAAGUCUACUGCUGAAAAGAAAGCGACAGCAGCCCAAACCAGCACCACCAAGUCAACUAAAACAUCUACCAAGUCUUCUACGACCGCAACUAAACCGCAAACUGCCGGUCCCAAGAACACACCCAAGGGGGCUAAGGCCAAGGGCAAAGGUCCCCUCGGUCCUAAACUGCCUGACUAUGUGAAUAGUAGGUUUGUGAUGAUUGAAGGUUUACCAGACUCCGGCUAUACAGAGGAAGACGUUCUGGCUCUGGUGAAUCCUUAUGGAUAUAUACCUGGACUCGACAACUGUUUCAUACUGCCCAGCCAGAGAUGGGCCAUCGUCCGUAUGGAGAGACUGAAGAGCAUUUCUAUGUUGACGGACUACAGACUGUUUCCUCCAAAACUACUAGAUUGUCCCCUCACCUUCACCUUGACCCACCUUGAAACAAACCACAUUCAGGAGUAUGCGUACACAUUUCUGAAGGGCCUCACCACUUCGGACCCAACGUUGAAGGAACGUCUUCUGAUUGUCAGUAACGUCCCUAUACGCACCACAGCAGUCCAGGAGGUUCACAACCUCGUCAAACGCUUCGGAUCCUACCUCGACUCGCUGUCUCUGAUCAACAGGAUCUAUUUUGAGAUGGAGUCGUCGGCGGUGGCGAUGGCGGUGUUUCUUCGUUUCCAGAAGUUCCCCUGUGUAGUUCAGAACAACCCUCUGAAGUUCAACAUUCUGGUCGAAGUUCAACAGCCCCCAGCCAAGAAGUCAUCUGUCGUCAGCACCAAAAGCAAGAAGAAAGCGUUCAAAGGCAAGAAACCAGUAGCUAAAGGUGCAGCGACACCAGUUAAACCCGUUAAGUCCACUACUGACGGUACCAGCACCAACGCUAGAUCCACAGCCACCGCUACCACUCGGCCUGUUGCUGUGGCUGCCAAGCAACCGGGUGACGUCAUGGGGGCCAAGCAACCAGGAAGUGACGUCAUAGCGAUAAAUUCCGACGGAAAGACGAGGGUGAUGGGAAAAGAGGGUGGAGAGACUAAGGAAGAGAGGAAAGGAGGAGAGAAAACAAUGAAGGAGGAAGCAGUAAAGGAAAAUAAGGAGUUUGUUGUUUCCACCUCAUUACCCACGGUUGCCAAGGAAGAGGUCGCCAUGGAAACCCAGAGCAGCGUCGCCUCGACCGGUGAGAUUGCAGCAGGUCGCACCAAGAAGGGCAGUGACGUCAUUACGGUGGUUAGUGAAACCAUGACGAUUGUGACCGCAACAGAACCAAGUCCGAUCGCCACGGAAACUGUUGACCUGACGACAACCUCUGACAACGACCAAAGCCAAACCGCCGCAGUGGAGGCUGCUAAAGGCGAGAAUGGAGAACCCGUAGCAAGGACUGCUGCUACCAAUCUUCCUCCAACCUCCACUCACUCUCUGUCUGUCGCGGUUAAUGAUGUCAUCACCAGCGACGUCACCAAUCCCGUAGACUCUGAAACACCGGUAACGUCGGCCCCCGUGCCGGGAGAAGACAAACUUCUGGACUUUCCUCCAGUAACUGACGAGAUCCUCAAGGCCCUGGAGGCCGCGGUGCACCAGCAUCGCAUGGGGAGACAGGCUAAACAGGAACAGGACCAGGACCAGGCCAAGCCUCUACCCAACAGGAAGAGCCCUGCAGCUGAGGAGACGGCGCAGACGGAUAACCAGGUCCCGGCCGAGCCAGAAGACGAGACUGGGGAGACUAUGAAAAAAGAGGAGACACAGCCAGAGAAGAAGUCACACCCAGAGAAGAAGUCACAGCCAGACAAAAAGCCUCUGACAACACCGGCUAAAAAGACCACAGACACUAAGAAACCACCUUCAGGACCCGGGCAACCGGACCACAACAAUACCCAGUGCUCUGGAGGGAGAGGCCGGCGCCGCGACCGCUUUUCCCCAGAAAGGAGAGACUCUUCCAGGCAUAGAAGCAGCCGGGCUCCUUCCGAGGAGGAGCAGGGUCCUCCGACGUCGAGACACGGCAACUCGUCUAGCUCCUCUUCUGGCUCCCGCAGGAGCAGCAGGCGGGACGGCAGCCCCGCCAAGAAGAAGGGGAGGAGAGGGGAGGAGCAGGAGGAGAGGAGCAAGAGCCACAGCAGCGGCGGUAAAACUGCCCGCUCCUCUAGGAGCAAGUCUAGAGAUGAGGCUACUGGCUACGCGGAAGAUGAUUUCACGUCUGACGUCAUCCCCUUCGACCUGGACCAGUUCAACAUGGAUGAGUUUGUUACUGUGGAUGAGGUGGAAGGGGACGAGGCUGAAAAUACCAACCCACCGCAACCAUCCUCGUCUUCAUCACACAAGACCCGAGACGAGGCCUCGGAAAGGUCAAAACGAUCAUCCAAACGCAAGAGGGCUACCCCAGAUACUCCGAAAUCUAGCCAGGAGCAGGAGACACCCACGUCCAAAAGCCCUUCCUCCUCCUUUACCUCAUCUACCCCCCCUGCUCAGAAGACUCCGCGAAAAGCUGCAGCAGUGAAAGCUCAACCACGUGCCGCCUCUGGACGCAAGACCAGGUCCUCGGCAGCUGCUGCUGUUGUCGUUGUUGUUGAAGCAACCAAAGCCGCAGAAACCCAGGAAGCUGACGACGACAACGCCACCAUAGUCGAUAUGGAGGCGGAGCCUGUACCCUUGGAGACUCGGUCUCAGUCGGAAGAGGAAGUAGUGGUCACAAAGGGAUGUGACACGGAGGGUGUAGUACCGUCAUCCGACCACAAGAUGUCAGUGUUGGACACUGCAGUGACGGGGAACGAGGAAGAAAAAAGUGCUGUGUCAGAGAGCGAUAUGGAGACUACGCAGGCUGAAAAAGGUGCCUCGAUUCUGGGUACCGAGGCUCAGAAUGAAGCCUGUCCACUGGAGCUUGGUCUGACCGAUCCGUCUGCCCCAGCCAAGGAGCAAGACCUUCAGAAGGCCCUACAACUACAAGAGGUGGAGACAGUGUCGGGUCACCAGGUGCCCCAAUCACUUGUUGACAAAGUACCCAAAGAAGAAGAAAAUGGCGGUUUCCAGAUACUUGACGAAACCGUGGAUGAUGACACACCAAGAGACGGAGAAGAGGACACUCAAGAACAGUCUGGAUCUCUAUCUCUGGGUUACCAGGCGCCUGCAGCCGCUGAAUCUACUCUAGAGGAACACAAAGAGAUCUCCAAUGAGGAAGAAGAAUCUGCUUUCCAGAUCCUCGACUCUCUAGAAGACAAUAUGGCCGACACUCUCACAGGCCGAAGAGAUUCUCUACCCGGGGAGAUGGAGGGGUUCCAGAUAAUAGAUUCAGUCGAUGAUCAGACGGAAACGACCCAAGCUCUGGACAACCGUAUGACUGAAUCUAAAUCUCAGGGUGGCUCCAAGCCCCUAAAGGGGAGUGAGAAAUCACCCCAGAAGAAGAAGGGUAAGAAGGGGAAUAAGAGGAUGCCCAAAGCUCCAGAGGUGACCAAGAUCCCCACAGGAGAGUCCGAGGGGGGUACCCCGAAAAAGAGUAACGUUGUUACCUUGGAUGAGGUGAGCGAGGAGGAGGAGGAUUACCCAGAUGACGCCGCCGAAGAGGAAGAACUGAUUAAGAAACAAAAACUGGUGAAGGAGAAGCAACGAGAGAGGGCGAGCGAGAAGGAGAGGACGAGGAGGAGUAGAGAGAGGGAGAGGAGCAAGGAGAAGGAGCGGAAGAGGGAGAAGGAGAGGGUCGGAGUGGAUACUGAGGGGUUGGUGACUUUGGAUGAGAUCGGAGAGGAUGAAGGAGGAGUGGAGGGAGAGAUGGAUGAGGAGACAGACCUGCAAGCUUUGGUCACUUUGGAUGAGGUCGUUGGUGAGGAAGGAGCAGAGGGGCGUAGCUUGGAGCCACACCCCUUCAGCCAGGAGGACGAAUCAGGAGACACCUUCAACCCAGAGACUCUGGUAACCCUGGAUGAGGCUGGAGGGGAGGAUGAUAUGGAGGAGGAAGAGCAGAGUCCUGAACCAGCUCAGAUCCAGCAUGCUGACAACACAGCUGAUGCUACAGGGUCUCCUGGUGCAGAGGAGGACGGGAGGGGCAUGGAGGAAAUCAGGAGAAUGAACUUUGUGACCGUGGACGAGGUGGGAGAGGAGGAGGAGGAGGAGGAGGCUGUUGUCACUAGGAGAGGAGCCAGGGGGAGGAAGAGGGCACGGCAGACCUCUGCCAGGAAGUCCGUGAAAGGAAAGAAGGUGAGCGUGGAAGAACAGGAAGAGGAGGAGCCUCCUGCAGAUAUUAUUCCUCCCCCUGACACAGCUUCCGUUGACACUCCCUCCUCCGAGGUGGAUGCCCAACUAGCUGCCUCAUUUCCAGACCUCCAGGAGAACGAGAAAAAGGCUGAUGCCCCGGCAGACCAACCCAGCCUGGAGGCCUCCUCAGCUGGGCAGGAGAGACAGACUGACCCCCCUGAGAACCAGAGUCUGGAGACACCAGAUAUCACUGAUGGAAAGAUUGAGACUGACUCCACAACACUUCAAGACAGUGAACAGAGAAGCGAGAAGGAAGAGGAAUCUGAAUCAAAGCGUUGUCGUUCUGAGUCUCCUCUGAUCACAGACUUCAAACUGCCUCCCUUCACCCCUGACAACCCUAUAGGCCAAGACUUUGUGGUUCCUAAGACAGGGUUCUUCUGUAAGCUGUGUUCUCUGUUCUAUGGGAGUGAAGACACAGCCAAGAAGACCCACUGCAGCAGUCUACAACACUAUCAGAACAUGCAGAAAUAUUACCUGAAGCGUCAGAAGCAGGAAGUUCUAGCCACGGCUACGCCUCUGAAUGACCCCUGACCUCAUCCUGCCUGUUUCCCAAAAAUAGCACCCUAUUCCCUACAUAGUGCACUACUUUUGACCAGGGCCCAUAGUGCUCUGGUCAACAGAAGUGCACUAUGAUGGGAAUAGGGUGCCAUUUGACACUAAACUCAAUCAAUCUAUAUUUUGUUAUUUGUGUGUUUAACGACAGCCUAUUCGGUCAUAAUAGUGCACUGUAUACGGUAACAAAGGUUUUGCGUAAGAGUGCUGAUGUAGAAUCAGAUCCCCCCCCCCCAGUCAUAUAAUCUCAUUCAUUAUGGUCUUAAAGGCUAAACUAAACCCAGAUCAGCACUCCUGCUCUGAAAGGCUUUGUGAAUACGGGCCAAUGUGUAUCAAACAGUCAAAUAUAUUGGGUCCAAAUAUGAUUUUUUUGUACAGUUUCAUGGUUUGUUUGUUUUGGGGAUUUGGAUGUCAUUAAACGGCUGUUUUUUUUAAAUUUAACUAGAGAAUAGAAACUUAAGUCAGCAGAGACACUAUCGAUUUACAAGGAGAAAAUAAUAAAUGUGAGUUUUAUUAA